AUGAUCAGAACAGUUAAACCAAAGAAUGCUAGAUCAAAGAGAGCCCUUGAUAAGAAAGAGGCCAAGUUGGUGGAGAACGUAAAGAAGGCACUAUUUGUUCCAGGUCAAACGUCCAAUAAGUUAUUACAUGAUCUAAUGAUCGAUUUGAGUGCGUUGAAGAAACCAGAUAUCAAGAGAUUUGAAAGAAAGAAUGAUGUUCAUCCAUUUGAAGAUACUUCGAAGUUGGAGUUUUUUAGUGAAAAAAAUGAUUGUUCCCUUUUAGUCCUGGGAACCAACUCUAAGAAGAGAAGAAAUAAUUUGACUUUUAUUCGUACUUUCGGUUACAAAAUAUAUGACAUGAUUGAAUUGAUGGUGCUUGAGAACUAUAAACUAUUAAAUGAUUUCAAGAAACUAACUUUCAAUGUCGGAUUGAAGCCAAUGUUCACCUUCCAAGGUGCUGCAUUCGACACUCACCCAGUAUACAAACAUAUUAAAUCAUUAUUCAUGGAUUUCUUUAGAGGGGAAACCACAGAUUUGCAAGAUGUGGCCGGUUUGCAACAUGUCAUAUCCUUGUCCAUUGCUGGUGAUUUCCAAGAAGGUGAAACCCUGCCAAAUGUUUUAUUCAGGGUUUAUAAAUUAAAGACAUAUAAGAGCGAACAAGGUGGUAGGAAAUUACCAAGAGUGGAAUUAGAAGAAAUUGGUCCACGUUUAGAUUUCAAGAUUGGUAGAAUUCACGCUCCAUCUGCUGAUAUGGAAAGAGAAGCUAUGAAGAGAGCUAAGCAAUUAGAGUUGAGAACAAUAAAGAACGUAGAAACUGAUUCUAUGGGUGAUAAAUUGGGUAGAAUCCAUUUGGGUAAACAAGAUUUGAAUAAACUGCAGACAAGAAAGAUGAAGGGUCUAAAAUCAAGAUUUGACCAAACGGAUGCCGAUGAAGAAGAAUAUUUAGAAGAUGACGAAGCUUAUCUAAAUGCAGACGAUAAUGAAGAGGAUAGCUAUGGUGAAGACUUUGUUACUGCUGAUGAUCUUGAAGAAGACGAGAACGAGCCUGCCACUAAGAAACAAAAGAAAUGA